UGUCAGGCACCACGGCUGCUUUGGUCGCCGCUCUUUACGUGCCGUGUGUGCAGAGAACAGUCCCCGGUGGAGACUCAGGAGAGCUGAUCACCGCUGCAUGUGAGCUGGGGGGAGGCUGUGUCGGUGUCACUAUGCCAGUAAUCCUGCCGUUAGUGCUGCAGUCCGUGUGGCCUGCCUGUCUGCCUUUCAGGCCUCCCCAGGGCCUUGCAGUUCGUCCCUGGGCCCCAGGCUGCUGCCUCCCCCUUCUGAUCCCGAGAGCUCCAGAGUUCUGCUUCCCCAUGCUCCCUGUGGCCUUUGUCCCCCGACUGUGCUUUAGCUGCAUGUCUGUCCAUUCCUCUUGGCCACACAGUCCCUCCUCCACAUGCUCUUAACUGAUGUUACCUACCCGUCUGACACUAACACUUAGUUCACCAAAGCUGUCGGCUUUUUCUCUCUUUUAUUCUCAACAUGAGUUGUACCCUUUUGCUCCUUGACUUCUUCUGACCUACAUGCUCUAUUCCCUGCCCAUCUCUCUGAUUUGGGUGGAGUUGUUUCGAUGCUUGAAUGCAACUAGGGAGCCUCUGCUGUGUCGCAGGUGACCAGUGAGGUAGUAGCACUCUCACCUUUCAUCUUUGUGCUUAUUUGAAGAGCUGCCCUUUCUCCCUGCCUGCAUGGCUCAUGUUAUCAGUGCCAGGGAAUGAGUCUGUGUUUAAGGACUGAGCCCUUAUCUGGGUGGAGGAGACUUAGCGGCUAAUUGCUGUGAUUGCCGAGAUCCCCCAGGCGAGAAUGACUGCGGCUUGGAGGUGGUUUGGGGGCUGGGGCUGGCGAACACCACGUGCUGUACCACAGGCUCUAGGGAGCUGCACUGUCCUUGGGAAGAGGCCAGAGAAAAUGAAGUGAGAAGAUGUAGAAAGAGAGGGAGCGAGCGGGUCGGGUGUAGCAGUCAGUUUGUCGUCAGGCCUGAAGGGGUGUGUCUUCCUUUUUUAUAACUGCAGCUCGACAGCACACCAUUCCUAACACCUACCAAGGGCAAAAGAGCAACUAGAUGUCCCACUCAGACAAAGGGGACGAGUAAAGUUAACACAUCCUUACCGUCACUUCACUCAUGUUUCAUGGUCACCUCCUAUGUUCUCAUUCUGGCUUUUGUAUCCUUGCUUUUUCUCCAGUUCUUUUCAUUCUUCAUAUAUCUUUUCAGAAUAUCUGCACUUUUCUCGUCUUAGCUUGCCAUUCACAAAGUACAUCUUGAGUGACUUUGCUGUUCUCUUGAAGCUGUGACUGUAUCUCUCAUUGCAUCUUGGGAUUUCAAUCUCAUACGUUUUGUUUAUAGGUGGCCCAUCCUCCAGGAUAUCCUGUCUUCACCCUACUUGCUCGCCUGGCUAUGUGUCUACUGCCCUCACUCUCUCCAGCCCACAGUGUCAGCCUGAUGAGCAGCCUGCUGGGGGCUGCAGCUUGUGGUACCCUCUGCAUUACAGUCUGCAGGUUGGCAGGCCCUGGCCCCGGAGCAGUACUGGCUGGAGGGCUCUUCGCGGUGUCCAGGCUGAGCUGGCAGUGGUCCAUGGUGGCAGAGGUCUUCACCCUCAACAACCUUUUUGUUGGUCUGCUCUUCUUCUUGACCGCCAGUUUCCACUGUGCUGAAAACGCCACCCAGAGGCAGAAAAUUGCACACUGGGGAGCGCUAUGCUGUGGCUUGGGGCUCUGUAACCAGCACACCCUGGUGCUGUAUGUACUGGUCAUCAUUCCCUGGGUCCUUCACCGACUUUACUCUUUCGGGGAGCUGACUUGGCGUGGCGUUGUGUCUCUGGGAGCGUGUUUCUUCGCUGGCUUUCUGCCGUACAUCUACCUGCUCAUCUCCUCCUACCUCAAUACAGCCCGCUGGAGCUGGGGGGAUCAGACCACGCUGUCAGGCCUGCUAACUCACCUGCUGAGGGCUGAAUAUGGCACCUUCAGUCUGGCAAAGACGGAGAGUGCUGUAAACCUGACCUCAAUGCUGAAGGCCCAGUUGAACCACUGCGUGGAAGACCUUUCAUUUCCUGCUCUGGUGCUGGCAGGAAUAGGCCUCCUCUUCUCCUCAUGGGACAGGACGUGUCGCUCGGUGUCCUGGCUGUUUGCUGCCAUGCUGGUGGUCUACUCACUGUUCUUUGCUUGGAGAGCCAACCUGGACAUCAGCAGACCCUUACUGCUUGGAGUGGUUGAGCGUUUCUGGCUGCAGAGUGAUGCUGCAGUGUGUGUGCUGGCAGGCCUCGGCUUGAGCCGGACACACACUGAGCUGGAGAGGAGGCUGGGCUGGGGGGGGUUGUGGAAGACCGCAGGCUGGGUCCUCACCGUGGCUUUGCUGGCACAUAUGGUGCACACCAAUCACAGGGAGUGCGAUCAGAGCAGAAACAGUGUGGUCGAGAGGUUCGGCAGGGAGCUUCUGGCCUCUGUCCCAACAGACUCAAUCAUCCUGACGAGGGGAGAUCUGCCUGGAAACUCUCUGCGCUACUUAUACUACUGCCAGGGUAUACGGCCCGAUGUACGCCUGGUCGACCAGGAGAUGAUGACAUAUGCUUGGUAUGUGGCCAAGCUGGCGCAGCACCACCCUGGGGUGCACUUUCCUGGCCGCUGGUUGGACCCAGUCCACCUUGAGGAGAGAGACACCUUCAGUCUGGAGCAGUUUCUGUCCCACAACACACAGAGAGAUGUGUUUGCCUGCAUUGGGCUACCUGAAGGAGACCGAAGCUGGGAACAUAGUUUCUCUCGUUGGCCUCUGGGUGUUUGUGACUACUUGGUGCCAAUUCAAAGGCAGUUUCACCCUGAAAGUUGGGCCCAUCGAACUCGCAACAUCUACAACUGGAGUGAGCCACACAACAGUUUCCAUCCUGCAUCCUGGGAGUGUGUCGCUAAUGAGGAGAUGUGGCAAGCCAGGAUGAAGACGGCUUUCUUUCUGUUUGACCUGGCAGAAAGGAUGCAGGGAGAGGGGAAAGCUCGCCUGUUUGAGCUGUCUUACACUCUGUACAAGGAGAUUGUGGAGGCCCAAUCAGACUACCCUCCAAACUGGGACAAGAAUUUGGCACUGGCCUGCGAGAGGCUGCUACGAUCAGGUCACCGGGGCUACAGUCCAGACAGCCUGCUGACCUGCAGCACCCAGCACUUUAGUCUCUACUUGGAGAAGGAACCCACAGAUCCCCAGACAUCUGCCAUACGCUCUGCCAUUACUGACCUGCUCAAAGAGAGGGACGAGCUCCGCCAGAGCUGGAGGCAAACCCCAUAACAAGACCCAGAGAGACCUACAUGGAGCCCAGUUGAUGUGCAAGGCACUGGGGAUGAAAACUGAGCCAACGUACCGUUUCUCAUGGUUUGAAGGUGCUGCUCCAGAAGGCUACAAUGAUGUUUACUUCAAGUUUUGUCGAAAUGGACUUGGGCAAAUUGGACUUCGGAGGAAUGGUGAUGCAGACAAACUGGGACUUAGUUAUCAAACAGAACUCUGCACAAAGGACAGAGAACUCCCACUCAUUUGAUGAACAUUUACAGUUGACCAGGGACAGAGGGUGACUUUACGAAGCCUUGACUGAACCCAAUCAAACUGUGCAUGCUCCCCUUAAAAUCACCCAUUCGAUUGCUUUAUCGUUAUAUCUCGUUCUUUUUUUUUUCUCUCCUCUUCUACACUCACAGCUUUUAACGUGCUGAUUAUUUUUGCCUCAGCCACUGCUCCACUUCUCUUUUUCUCACAUUAGGAUGGCAAGGCCGAGAUUGAGGGAAAACCAAUUUGGGGGCAGAAAUGGGGGAUUAGAGCGACUGUUUAAUCUAGGACAGACUUGUGCUGUUCCACACAGUCCUCACUGCGCAUAACCAGCACUACCCACCCACCCCUCUAUCCUCACAUCAGUCUAGUCUAUCUUAAAUGGUCCUUUAAAUGUUUAACAACUAAUGGAUUCGAUGGGUGUUUUCCCUCUCUUGCUUCCUAACUGUAAUCCCUCAUGGAUUUAUAUGAAAUGUCACAAUGCCAGGCACCCUUUUAGAGGUGCAUAUCUGUGUGAAUGUGUGUUGAUUUGUGUUUGCAUGCUGAUGCGUGUGUGAACACGCUGAAAUCUCCACCCAAGCCUUUUCCGGAACUGCAUAUAAACAUAGUCAAUAAACUGAUCAGCACACUGAAAAGCAAAUUACUUUGAUCAUCAUACAAGCACAAAAUCAUGAAAACUCCUGGGACACACGAGGGCGCACAAGAACAUCAGCCCAUCGGUCCCCCAACUCACGGGACUUUUAGCUGGCAACGUGAAGGUUGUUGGAGAGACAUCGUAGCAUACAAACACAGCAAGUGGGCCAAAGUCACUUUCUUUGGAGGGUUUUCAGUUACACACUUUUCUUUUUUUUAAAUGCUGGUGCUGAACCUCGGCCAUGAAAUUUGUUGCACGGGGGUGAACCCAGUCCAUCGCUAUAAGAUUCCUAAAACACUGCUGGAGGAGCCUGCUGACACCACUAGAAAGAGUAGGACAGUAUAACGUACUUGUGUAGUUUUCUCAGAAUGUAAUCUUCCCUCUCUGUUCGCAGGGCUGGUUGGCGACUGUCAGCUGGCCGGAUGAUGAGAUUUGACCUGCUGUAGCACAGAUGGUUUGGUUUCUCAUAGGAAGAAGGAAAUAUGU